CAAGAGAAAAUGCCAAUGCAGCCUUGGAAGCUCUGGCUCUCAAGAGAAACAAACAGAUGCUUUUCUUACACUCACUCAAACCAGAGGGCGAGCCCAGCAUUGAUUGGUCCAGGCAGCUAAUAGAUAGCAAGAUGCAAAUGCAGGCAAAUCUUCUGUGAGUGGGUCCAGAUCCCUUUUGAGCUGGCAGGGUUUCUAUUCUUCUUGCACCAUAAUCUUGGGCCGGAGCAAAAGGAGUCAGCAGCAAACACAGCUUGGUUUGCUGUAGUUUGCCAUCUGGCUCCUUUUCUCCAGUGUUCAGGGCAAAGAGGAGGAUUCUCAGGAUUCAGCCAUCCACAACUUGAUCUUUUAAAUUCCAAAAGGUAUUGUUAAAAUCUGGAAGCUGCCAUGGCUCUGACCAGUGCCUUCAAAGCUGUUACGAACACACCUGGACUGAUCAUCUGGAGGAUUGAGAAAAUGGAUCUAGUACUGGUACCUCCAAAAGCCCACGGCAGCUUCUAUGAAGGGGAUUGCUAUGUUCUCCUCUCAACCCGUAAAUCAGGCACUGCCAUGUCCUAUGAUGUCCACUACUGGAUUGGGAAAUCCUCAUCACAGGAUGAGCAGGGCUGCGCUGCCAUCUACACCACCCAGCUAGAUGACUACCUUGGAGGAGUCCCAGUACAACACCGAGAAGUGCAGGGCUACGAGUCUGAGCUCUUCAAGGGCUACUUCAAGCAAGGUGUCAUCUACAAGAAAGGGGGUGUUGCCUCCGGAUUGAACCACGUGGAGACCAAUACCUACAAUGUCAAGCGGCUGCUGCAUGUCAAGGGCAAGAGGAACGUCACAGCCACGGAGGUGGAGAUGAGCUGGGAAAGCUUCAACAAUGGUGAUGUGUUCCUUUUGGAUCUGGACAAAAUCAUCGUUCAGUGGAAUGGGCCAGAGAGCAACAAGCAGGAACGUAUAAAGGGGAUGCUCCUUGCGAAAGAUAUCCGUGACAGGGAGCGUGGGGGCCGGGCUCAGAUUGGCAUUGUGGAGGGUGAUGAGGAAAAAGUCAGCCCAGAUUUAAUGAAGGUGUUGGAGAGUGAGCUUGGAGAAAAGCCCUGUGACAUCAAAUCUGCUGUUCCUGAUGAAGUGGUGGACCAGCAGCAGAAGAUGCAAAUCUCGCUCUAUCGUGUUUCAGACUCGGGAGGGAAGAUGGAGGUUACAGAAGAAGCCCAGCGACCUCUCAUUCAGGACAUGUUGAGCCACGAUGACUGCUACAUUUUGGAUCAUGGUGGGAUGAAAAUCUACGUGUGGAAGGGCAAAGGAGCCACCAAAGUGGAGAAGCAAACAGCCAUGUCUAAGGCCCUGGAAUUCAUGAAGAUGCAGGGCUACCCUUGCACCACGAACCUGGAGACAGUGCACGACGGAGCCGAGUCUGCCAUGUUCAAACAACUCUUCCAGAAAUGGGUUGUGGUUGACCAAUCUGUGGGGCUCGGAAAAACCUAUGCUGUGGGCAAAAUUGCUAAGAUCAACCAGGAGAAAUUUGAUGUCACCCUUUUGCAUACUCAGCCAGAACUGGCGGCUCAAGAGAGGAUGGUGGAUAAUGGGGAAGGAACAGUGAAGGUCUGGAGGGUUGAGAACCUGGAGCUUGUUCCAGUGGACUCUCAGUGGCAUGGAUUCUUCUAUGGCGGAGAUUGCUACUUAGUCCUGUACACCUAUGAAGUGAGCCGGAAGCCACGUUAUAUCUUGUACAUCUGGCAGGGACGCCAUGCCACAGUGGAUGAGCUUGCGGCCUCAGCCUAUCACGCGGUGGAGGUGGAUCAGCAUUACAAUGGAGAGCCUGUGCAGGUCCGAGUGACCAUGGGCAAGGAACCACGUCACUUCCUGGCCAUCUUCAAAGGAAACCUUGUCAUUUUUGAGGGUGGGACAUCAAGAAAUGGUGGCAAUGAAGUGCAAGCCCAAGUGAGGCUCUUCCAGAUCCGUGGAACGGACAGUUCUAACACGAAGGCAGUGGAAGUGCCAUCAUCUGCAGCGUCUCUCAAUUCCAAUGAUGUCUUCUUGCUUAGAGGCCAGACAGGGCAUUACCUGUGGUACGGCAAGGGUUCCAGUGGUGAUGAAAGAGAGAUGGCCAAGCAGCUUGCCACCAUGAUUUGCAAUAGCCUUCAGGAGACCGUGGCAGAAGGGCAGGAGCCAAAGGAGUUUUGGGAGCUGCUGGGAGGCCAGGCUCCUUAUGCAAGUGAAAAAAGGCUGCAACAGGAAGUCCCUGAUCACCCUCCCCGGCUUUUUGAAUGCUCCAACAAAACUGGACGUUUUGUCGUCACUGAGAUAACUGACUUCACCCAGGAUGACCUCAGUGAAAGUGAUGUUAUGCUGCUGGAUACCUGGGACCAGAUUUUCUUAUGGAUCGGCAAAGAAGCCAAUGCAACAGAGAGGAAAGAGGCAUUGACAACAGCUCAAGAAUAUCUGCAGACGCACCCCAGUGGCAGGGAGACUGAUACUCCCAUCCUGAUAAUCAAGCAAGGCUUUGAGCCCCCCAACUUCACAGGCUGGUUCCUAGCUUGGGAUCCAUAUCUGUGGAGUGAAGGGAAAACUUACGAGCAGCUGAAGAAAGAGCUGGGAGAUGCCAACACCACCAUCAGGAUCACAGCUAAUCUGGAUGUUUCAUCCCUUACAUCAAAAUCAGGGAACUUGAACAGUAGCAGCAGCAGCAAACACCAAACCUACCCUCUGGAAGUCCUGCUGGCCAGUCGAGAUGAACUUCCUGAAGAUGUGGAUCCUGCUAAGAAGGAGAACUUCCUAUCAGAAGAUGACUUUGUGAGAGUGUUUGGCAUCCCCAUGGAAGAAUUCAAUGCCCUCCCCACUUGGAAACAGCUCAACAUGAAGAAAGAUAGGGGGCUUUUCUGAAGAGGGAACAUUUCCAGAGGGAAAGAAGCCACCAAUACGUUGGAGGGCAGGCCCCAGAUCAGAAGCACCUUCACUACGGCAGUUGCUGCAUUCCUUCUUGCGAUGAUAUGUAUCACAUUUGUGCCUAACUCUGCUUUGAAUGCUGGUUUUAUAUCUUUACUCAAGCCUGGGAAGCUUUGUUUUUCAAUUUUUGACUUUACAAGCCUACAUUGGUAAGCCUAGUAAUGAAAGUGAAAAGGCUCAGAAAAAUGGUUGCCAACAAAACCAUUCCCUCUGCUCUAGUCUAAAGCUUUGUAAAAAUAAGGAGCCGAAGAGUGCUUCCUAAAAAUUCAGGUCACGAGAAGACCGUAGAACUGGCUUCUCAUUUGUUUUAUUUAAAAGUACACAACAAAUAUUAAAAUAGGCUUUACUGUCAAUAUAGUUGGCUCUCCACAUCUGCAAGUUUAACUUUUUCAAGUUGGAAUUCUCAUGGAUUUGUUUAAUGUGCUCCUCCUAGGGAUUUCUGAGUUUUUCAGUAUAACUAUAGAGUUGAGUAGGAAGUCCUAGAAAUUCUUAAGAGGGGUGUUCUCUCUGGUAAAAAAACAACAACAUUAGUAGCAUUUAUAUUCACAAUUUUUCCACUUUUGCAAUGGUCCUGCAUCCCUAAACCCUGCAAAAAUGGGGGUCGACAAUACAUCAUCCCACCCUAUCAGUCAAAGGCUUCUAAUUCAGCUGCAUUUUAUGCACUGGGAAGCAUUGCCUUCCUACUAGUACUAACUGCUGUGAGGUCGAGCUCCCAUGAAGCUUUUGACCAUGUUUGUGGAUCCUUAGAGACCACCAGGAACAACUGAUUUUUUGGGGGGUGGGGAGGGGUCACAGCAACACAGGCCCACCAAAGUUGCCUAUAAUGUUGAGUUUCAACAUUCAAUCUAAAACAGCUAAUCAUUUCAGCAUAUUUUGCCAAGGUCAUGGGGGACAACUACAUAUUCUCUCCCUGAGAGUUAAAGAUGAGGCACUUUUGAUAGCACUUGUUCAUAAGCUUCAAGCAGUUUGCGCUGCUUGAAAGUCUUCAAAGUUCAUCCUCUCACUUGUCUCCUACAUACGAGAAGGGACUGGCCCAGGAAAUCGCAUGCUGCCCACCAUCCUCUCUGGCUUGCUGAGCAAAAGCAAAGCUAUAAAAAUAAAUAUAUGUAAAACAAAGAUAUAAAAGAUGCAAAAUGUUGAAUCUAGUUUACCUUUAGAUCGAAUGUUGUUUUCUAAAUUUUCAUAAUACCUACCAACUUUCCAUGUUUUUAAAAUGCAUCUGAUGGAUCUGUGCUACAUGCAGUAGCAUCUCAACAGGCCUAUCACACCUGCCCUAUGCAACAGAGGAAUGGCUGAGACAGUGGUAUGCAAAAGACAGAAGAGGAAGUCUUAGCAAUAGUUCAUGGUGGACAAAAUCCAGUCUUCCAGAUGAUGUUGUAUGACAAUUUCCAUGACGACCCCAACCAGCAUAAAAUGUUGAUGAAUGCUGGGUGUGGCCAUUCAAAAUCAUCUGAAGGAUCAGACUUUCCCUAUGCUUACACUAGAUGUAAGAACAAAGGGAAUAGUAUCUUGCAUAAAAAUGCAGCAUUUGCUCAAGUUGCCAUAAGCCGAAGAAGGAAACUUCAAUGGUGAAAACAACCAAGCUUAUCUUAGUUAAAAGGAAGUUCCUUCAAAUCGCAGAAACCAAAGAAGGGGUUGCAAAACAGAGGCAAGGUGCUGGAGAACAGAUGUGUGCACCAAGUAUUUUGCAUAUAGGCGUCUGCCCAUGGCUGCAGUAGAUGUUGUCUUCUCAUUUGUAUCAAAGUAAGACUAAAAGCUAAUUCUGCCUUAUAUGUAUAUGUAGAUUAUGGUAGGGAUGGGAGAUUGCCAUCACGUUCUUGACUGCAGGCAGCAAAAUGUCUUCAGCUAGGUCCAAAGCACAUGGUUAGGCUAGAAAAUCCAAUGGAAAGGUGUAGGUGCCUUUACAUAUACAGUAGACUCUGUUAACUGGUAGAUUGGUAGAUGCCAGAUAAAUGUAGUUUCUGGUUACUUGAGCAUUACUAUUAAAAAACAGGUCUAACUAGUACUAUAUUCCAUAUUAUACCUUGCCAUCAACUCUGUACUGACUUGAUAAUAUUAAAAUAAAAGCAAUUAAGAUAAUAAAGAUAAUCUUAAUUUAAUGUAACACAGUUUCACUGUAUUAUAAAACAGCUUUGUGACUUUAAAGUGUUAUUGCUUCGAUUCUUUUGCAAGGUGCUCAAGAGUUCCUAAAGUUUUAGUUCUGGUUAACUAAGAGUCUACUGUACUUUGCAGCCAUGCUUCAGCAGUCCACUGGUUUUCAACAUGUUUUGCUAAACCUUAGUUCAAUACAUUGGCACCAAAUCAGCCACUGUACCACAUGUAGCAGGCACAUAAUGUUCUACACCAGUGGUUCCCAACCUGUGGUCCAUGGACCACCAAUGGUCCCCAAGAACUAAAAUAUCGUCUGUGGCCUCACCGUUACUACACUAUUGCAAUGAGAGCGACUUGUCUCACGAAACCCUCUUAUAGCGCUGAGGCAACAAGGAUGACGGGAGGGGAGACAAUGAUUACCCACGAAAUGCAUGAUAAUAAGCCUCCCGACUGCUGCUUUUCCUCCUGCUCCUUCUCCCUGAGCGGAGCCAUUCCAUGUGGCGCCUGGAAGCGGGGGUGGCUUGGUGUCUUUGUUUUUAGGACUGUUCCUGGGGUUAUUUGGGGCGUUGAUUCAGAAAACUGCAUUGGAUAUAGACCACAUCAGCUCUAUAUUAUUAAAAAAAAUUGUGGGUAAGCAGAUGGCAACUACUGGAUGACAUAAGUUCUGCAUCAGAAACUAGAACUGAUGUGGUCUAUCCAAUGUAGUUCUCUGAAUCAGCACCCAACCACACCAAAUCUAAAGUUGACCAAAAACUGAUUUGUAACCUUUUAGGUACUAAUGUUGGAGAGUGGUUCCUGGUUAACAAAAAAAGGUUGGGAACCACUGUUCUACACUAAGCCAGACCUCUUGAGAAAAACUGCUUGCAAACUGUUUUAAUAUCAUUCUCAAUUGAAUCUCCCCUAUCUCAUUCAGCUAUUAACAUUAAUAAUAUCUAAGCAGAGACAAAAACAAAAGCUUCUGGCAAUAAUUACCAGACAAUUCAGUUUACUACAGCUUGUUAGUUAUAAUAUGGCCAGGAUCCAACAUCUUCCUUCCAUAGCCUCAAGGACUCCUUCCAUCCCUGUAAAGGUAGUCUCCUCUUCCAUUUCGCUGCCAUCAGGAUUACUUUCAGAAAAAUGCCACUCAUGGAGUGCUCUUGCUCGUGCCAAAUAAACUGAAUUCAAUCUC